AAGGAGAAAGAGAUUGGGGAGUCUCCAUUGUGUGGAAGGAUUGUACCCCAACCUCACACAACCCAGGACUGUGGAAGACCCCAGAAGGCAGCUGGCAGGGAGCCCCUGUCAAACUCAGAGCCUGGGACAACUCUCAACCCAAUCUCCAGGCAACUCAGGGUAAUGCGGGCCAGGCAGACGUGGCUGGGCGGCGGCUUUGCCAGAGGACCGCGAGGGAGGGACUGAGCCGGCGAGAGGCGGGUCUCAAAGUUUGCUGGAGGUUGUACCUCUAGUCCGGGGAUGAGUACUGGCCUCCUCCGAGGACACCCACACCCACCCCCACCCCCACCCCCAGCAAGCCAAGGAGUCCUGCUAGCUCGCUAUGGGCCACGCCCCACCACUACUGCUCCUAUGUGUUUCUGUGUCUUUUCUGGGUGGCCUGACCUUUGGUUAUGAACUGACUGUCAUAUCAGGUGCCCUGCUGCCACUGCAGCUUGACUUUGGGCUGAGCUGCCUGGAGCAGGAGCUCCUGGUGGGUAGCCUGCUCCUGGGCGCCCUGCUUGCCUCCAUGGUGGGCGGCUUCCUCAUCGACCGUUAUGGCAGAAAGAAAACCAUCCUCGGGAGCAACUUGGUGCUGCUGGCAGGCAGCCUGAACCUGGGCCUGGCUGGCUCCUUGGCCUGGCUGAUCUUGGGCCGCUCAGUAGCUGGCUUUGCAAUCUCCCUUUCCUCCAUGGCCUGCUGUAUCUAUGUGUCAGAGUUGGUGGAAGCACAGCGGAGAGGAGUGCUAGUGUCUCUUUAUGAGGCUGGCAUCACUGUGGGGAUUCUGCUGUCUUACGCAGUCAACUACACACUGGCUGGUCACCCUUGGGGCUGGAGGCAAAUGUUUGGCUGGGCUGCGGCACCUGCCCUUCUGCAAUCCCUCAGCCUCCUCUUUCUCCCUGCUGAUGCAGAUGAGGCUGCAGCCCAUAAAGACCUCAUCCCCCUCCAGGGAGGUGAAGUCUCUAAACUGGACUUGACAGUGCCACGAUACUCCUUUCUGGAUCUCUUCAGAGCACGGGAUAAUAUGCGCAGCCGGACCACAGUGGGGCUGGGGCUGGUGCUUUUUCAGCAGCUCACAGGGCAGCCCAACUUGCUGUGCUAUGCCUCCACCAUCUUCCAUUCAGUCGGCUUCCAGGGGGACUCCUCAGCUGUUCUGGCCUCUGUGGGGCUUGGCACAGUGAAGGUUGUGGCCACUCUGAUUGCCAUGGGGUUGGUGGACCGAGCAGGCCGUAGGGCACUGCUGCUAGCUGGCUGUGCCCUCAUGGCCCUGUCAGUCAGUGGCAUUGGCCUUGUCAGCUUUGCCAUAUCCAUGGACUCAGGCCCAAGUUGCCUGACCAUGCCCAAUUCAACCAGGUUGCCGGGCCUUCCUGGAGACUCUGCCCUGCCAAGUGGCAUAUCACCAUCUCCACUGCCAACACCUAGCAAGAACCAUGGGGAGAAAGUGUCAUCAAUCUCUGGGCAGAGCAAGCCUCACUCUGCAGUCUGGGCAUCCACAGGCCCUCCCUUUUGGGCCCUAGGCACUGUGGCCCCCACCCGUCCUGCAGGAGAGCAUGUCCUGUUGCACUGGACUGCACUGCUCUGCAUGAUGAUAUUUGUGAGUGCUUUCUCAUUUGGAUUUGGGCCAGUGACCUGGCUGGUUCUCAGUGAGAUCUACCCUAUGAAGAUUCGAGGGAGGGCCUUCGCCUUCUGCAACAGCUUUAACUGGACUGCCAACCUUUUCAUUAGCCUCUCCUUCCUAGACCUUAUCGGACAGUCUUCCAAAGGAGAUACACCAAAGGAGCAUUUCAAAUUUUCCAGAAUUGUAGAUUCUCUCCUACCCCCACUCCAGAAGAGGAGAGGCACCAUUGGCUUGUCCUGGACCUUCCUGCUUUAUGGGCUGACUGCUAUCCUCGGCGUGGGCUUCAUCUAUUUGUUUGUCCCUGAAACAAAAGGCCAGUCACUGGCAGAGAUAGACCAGCAGUUCCAGAGGAGACGGUUUAUGCUAAGCUUCGACUGGGCACAGAGCUUGGCUGGCAUCCAGUACAGCCCCAUUGAGGUCCCUGAAGCCCCCUGAUUUCAUUUGCUUGGAAUAUGUUGGAACCCUGGCAUCACCAGACAAUCUUCUGCUCACCUAGGUGCCAGAACACAAGUUCUGGGUGCUUCCAUCCCAGAGCAUCAGGCCUUUGGUGCUGUGUGGAAGUGUUUGAUGUCUGGGAACUCCCAACUUUUAAUUUGUGUCUCAGGAGGCUCUGUGGGUUCCUGAAGACACAUCUUCUUGCUUCAGUUUGCCCAGUGACUCUAUAUCUCUGGAGUACUCCUAAUGAGAACAUUUUAUGGAGUUUCCAUUGCUCCAUUUUCUUAAAUAAUUUCUAGGAGACCCAGCCUGGCAGGAAAUUUCACCUGGUUUCAUCCUUAAUUCUAGCUGAGUAUUCCAUAUCCACUGCUCUCUUUCUUUCUGGCUGGGACUAUUUUGGUGAAAAGGAACCAGAUUUAUUUUUUCCUCUUUGACCUCAGAUAAAUAUCACCUAGAAUAUUUAUCACUUACCAGCAACCAAGACUGAUAGCUAGGAGGUUUAACUUCUUUUUUUAAUAUUUAUUUAUUUUCCCUUUUGUUGCCCCUGUUGUUUUUCAUUGUUGUAGUUAUUAUUGUUGUUAGUGAUGUCGUUGUUGUUGGAUAGGACAGAGAGAAAUAGAGAGAGGAGGGGAAGAUAGAGAGGGGGGAGAGAAAGAUAGACACCUGAAGACCUGUUUCACCGCCUGUGAAGCAACUCCCCUGCAGGUGGGGAGCUGGGGUCUCAAACCGGAAUCCUUAUGCUGGUCCUUGCACUUUGCGCCAUCUGCGCUUAACCCACUGUGCUACCGCCCGACUCUCGGAGGUUUGACUUCUAUCCUGGUUCUGCAGGUAUCAUUGUUUUGUGACUGACUACGAUGCUGUGGAUUAGGAGCCUACACCAGCCACCAAGUUGCAGGCGCUACCAUGAUUCCAUUCUGAACUCCCUGGACAGAUGACCUCACCAGUGUGUCAGAGAAUCUCAACUCUCCAGAGCCCUGCCCCACUAGGGAAAGAUAGAAACAGGCUGGGGGUAUGGACUUAUCUGUCAAUGUCCAUGUCCAGCAGAGAAGCAAUUACAGAAGGCAGGCAUUCCACCUUUUGCACUCCAUAAAGAAUUUUGGUCCAUUCUCCUAGAGGGAUUAAAAAUAGGGCAGUUUACAAUGAAGGAGAUGGGACACUAAAGUCUGGUGGUGGGAAGUGUAUUAAAUUGUACCUCUGUUAUCUUACAAUCUUGUUAAUCAUUAUUAAAUGGCUAAUAAAAACUUUUAAAAAGA